ACAGUGAUCUAGAUCUUGUUCGGUCGUAUAUCCACCCCUUGAUACAACUUAGUAGAGUUAAAGCAUAGAGUCAAUGCCCGGCAAUUAAAAGUAGUAGAAGGUUAUCUGUAAACGAUAUGUCUCCGAAGGUCUGGCGGACUUGUUUUGUCUGGCGAAGUGGUCUGUAUGUUUCCGAGACCACUAUGCGUGUAUCGUAACACAAUAGCGCUGAAUGUUUCCGAAGCUAGAAACGACAUGGCUGCCUGAUGCCAAGCAAGCCUAUCUGUUCAUGAUUCUCAAUAGUUAAAUGCACUUGCCAUUCAUCCGUCCAUCCAAGCAACAAUCCCGCAUCUAUCUUCAAGGAUUGAAGUCCAACUUAACAUAUUCGCUUUUCAAACCCCCAUAUCAUUAACAAUGACCGACCAAGAAGCACCCCUCAAGACGUAUCGCGCCAAUUGCCACUGCGCUGCGUACGUAUACGAAGUAACACUACCCGAGAUCUCUACGGCCUCGCAGUGCAACUGCAGCGUGUGCUACAAAAAGGGGGCGUUGUGGGUUUUUCCCAAGCCCGAGGAUGUCAAGUUCGUCAAGGGGGACCCGGCGACGCUGACGAACUACACUUUUGGCAAGAAAGUGUUCGUUCACAAGUUCUGCUCAACAUGUGGCAACUCGAUCAUGUUUAUCGGCAAUCCGGACCCCUCGGAACCAGGCGAGCAUGCGGAGGUUGAAAUGGGUAUCAAUAUAAGACUGUUCCAGCAUGGACAGAUAGAUAUCUGGAAACUUCUUCUCAAGAAAUUCGAUGGCGCUUCGCUGCUACAGCCUCCUUACGAACCGCCUGUGUACUCUGGACCCGAGCCUGUCGUGAUGUUCGACGGUAGUAAGUUGUAUACGGGGAGUUGCCACUGUGGUGCGGUUACGCUCGCCUUGAAGAACAAGGCCCCCUUGAACCAUUCUUCGGAGAAGAUUAUCGAAUGUAACUGCAGUAGCUGUGUCAGAGCAGGUUACGUAUGGGUAUAUCCCAGCAAGCCACAGGUGAUCAUUGAAGGUAGAGAGAACCUGGGAAUGUACUUUUUCGGCAAGAAGCACUCGGGAAAGACAUUCUGCAAGAUCUGCGGCGUUCCCGUUCAUAACGAGCUUGUUGAGCCCUCCACAGAAGAGCUCGCCGCGAUGACGGAUGAGGAGAAGAUAAAAAGAUUGGGCGGGAUUUCCCUCUCGCCUAUUAAUCUCCGCGUCAUUCACGACCUUAAUGUGAAUGAUUUAAGCGUGUAUCAAUUUGAUGGAUAUUCGAUCUUCCAACCGCCGUAUGUGGAGCCAUGAGUACGCGGUUAUUCUCGACGGCCUAGUAUCCUGUUUCCAAUAAUUUCGAGCGGAAUUCUUGAAUGCUUCACAAGCAUAUUCG